GAGAGAGAGAGAGAGAGAGAACACUCAAAGCAGUGGCACGGGAGAAGUCGAGGUAGGAGGGUGUGCGCAGCGGCGGGAGGGUAACAGCGGCCAUAGGCACGUCACUUAACAUUUCUCAGAAGUGACGCCGUGAGUCUCUGCGGCAGGAUGGGCGUGGAGACGUGGCUGCUGUUAGCGACGCUGGUGAUGCUGGCGUGGCUCUACUCCAGGUGGCGCCUCAGGUACUGGGCCUCCAAGGGCGUGCCCUCCCCACCAGCCCUGCCCUUCAUCGGACAUUUGCAUAAGUCAUUACUCAUCGCCAAAACAUUUUGGAGGGAGCAAAAUGAGAAUUACACCAAGUUCUACAGUUCAUCGAUGUAUGGCCAUUACGAGUUCUUCAAACCCAUUCUAGUAACAUGGGAUACUGAGAUAAUCAAACAUGUCUUUAUUAAGGACUUCGACCAUUUCACUGAUCGAAGGGGUUUCGACAUGGAUACCGGUCACUACAGAGACGAAGUGAUUUCGGAGAUGCUGUCGCUAAAGCGGGGUGCGGAGUGGAGGAGUCUGCGGGCCAUCAUGUCGCCCACCUUCACCUCAGGCAAGAUCAAGAACAUGUUUCCUCUGGUGUGUGACAAGGCCGAUGCUCUGGUGAAGUACUCGAUGAAACAAGCGUCUGAAAACCCGCACGUGGAUAUGAAGAGAAACUUUGGCCGAUACACUAUGGACACAAUUGCUUCCUGUGCCUUUGGCAUUGAAUGCAACUCCCUGGUAGAUAACGACGCUUUCACAAAUAAUGUGGAAAUCUUUUUUAAACCUGGUCUUGUACAAAUGAUUAAAUCUUUAUUUUUUUUAUUUAUGCCAAGACUCUUCAAAAUGUUUGGCACAAGCUUGCAGCCCCCGAAAAUGGACUUCUUCAUUGACACUGUAAAUCAGACUGUUGCGGCCAGACAGGCGGGGCAGAAGCGCGGUGACUAUCUGGACCUGCUGUUGGAGGCGCGGGAGAACUCCGACAACUCCGACAGUAAACACGUGUUGAGUGACAAUGCGAUUAUAGCGCAGAGCAUCAUAUUCAUCAUUGCCGGAUUCGACACCACCGCAUCCUUGCUGGCCUUCUCGUUCUUCCUGCUGGCUAAGAACAGGGACCAGCAGGAGCGCCUGCGAGACGAGGUGCGGCAGAUGGUGGCGGAGCACGGCGGCAUCACGUACCAGGGCAUCAUGGAGGCCAAGCUACUCGACGCCUGUCUCCAAGAAACCCUUCGGCUCUAUCCACCGGCCGUAUCAUUAGAACGUCGCUGCAUACAGACCUACAAGUUGCCCGGCACUGAUGUGACCCUCCAGCCCGAGGAUCUCCUCCAGGUGCCCAUCUGGAGCCUCCACCACGACCCUCGCCUGUGGCCAGACCCCGAGGCGUUCAUCCCAGACCGCUUCCUGCCGGAGAACAAGAGCGACAUCCAACCCUUCUCACACCUGCCCUUCGGUACGGGGCCGAGGAACUGCAUAGCCAUGCGAUUUGCCCUUCUGGAGGCCAAGGUGGCCGUGGCCAAGCUGCUGCUGGAAGCUGAAGUAGAGCCGGCACCGGGCUUUAAACUGGUCCUGGAAACCAACAUUGGUUUGUUGGGUCCAAAGGGGGGCAUGAAUCUGGUGCUCAAGCCAAUCAAGGAGGAGUAACAAACCUUUUCUCGGAAAAAAAAAUAAAAAUUGGUGUUCUCCAUAGCCUGUGACCCACCCUGCCCCACCACUGAAGCCCCGUGACACAUGUUGCACAGUACUGUAGCCAGCGACAAAUGCUUUGCCCUGCCCCAUCAUUGUAGCCCGUGACACAUGCCUUGCCCUGCCCCAUCACUGUAGCCCAUGACACAUGCCCUGGGCUGCCCCAACACUGCAGCCCGUGACACAUGCAUGUCUUGCCCUGCCUCAUCACUGUGGCCCAUGACACAUACCCUGGGCUGCCCCAACACUGUAACCCGUGACAAGUGCCCUGCCCUGCCCAAACACUGCAGCCCAUGACACAGGCCCUGGCCUACCCCAUCAGCGUAGCCCAUGACAUGCCCUGGCCUGCCCCAACACUGCAACCCGUGCGCGACACAUGGUCUAGUCUGCCCCAACACUGUAGCCCGUGACACAUUCCCUGCCCUACCCUGCCCCAACACUGUAGCUUCGUGACACAUGCCCUGACCUGCCACAUCAGCGUAGCCCAUGACAUGCCCUGGCCUGCCCCAACACUGUAGCCCGCGACACAUGUCCUGCCCUGCCCUGCCCCAACACUGUAGCCCGUGACACCUGACCUGCUCUGCCCCAACACGGUAGCCCGUGACACAUGCCAUACCCUGCCCCAAUACUGUAGCCCAUGACACAUGCCCUAUCCUGCUCCAACACUGCAGCCAGAUGACAUGUGGCCUGUCUUAACCCAUACUGCUGAGAGGUGUAUCGAAGGGCUUCGAAGGUAGAAGCUCAUUCUACUGAAGGAUGUUAGUCUAGCCAGCCUUCAGAAUCUCGGAAAGGCAGAAAACAGAGCUGAGAGAGACUCUGCAGUAUUGUCCUAUAAUCCGCCCCAUCAGAAAGGGUAAGGAAGCAAUCCCGUCUCUGUGACCUCUGGCUUUGCCUAGGUGUCUUUUUCCUUUUUAAUAUUUGUCGCCACCUCAAGGGUGAGGACACGGGCUAUAUGGAGCUUGUCAGGAUCAAACGCGUACGUCCCUCCCAGAAGGGACAAGAGGCCCUUGCCGGGUGACGGCUCAUGAAGGGGAGGGGAGGAUGCCAAGUUGCCAACAGACCGACUCUAUCGGUUGACGUCAGCCUAGCCGACCAAGUCGGUCUAUCGACGAGGACUGGCGUUCCUUUUUGUUUUGAGGGGCAUGUGAAGAAGAUAGAUGAUGGUUGUGGGAUGAGGAGGAUGACGGAGGGAGCAGUUUAGGAUAGUUAGUAAAGAUAGACUAAAGAAGACUUAUGUUGAGGGUGUGCAGAAUGACCUUCGGCCCCGGGCCUGAACAGAGAAGCAGUUUAACAUCCGGCAAAGCCACUAUAUGGAGAACAAGACCGACAGUUAUCUAUAAGCGCGUACUAGGCAUUACAAGCAAGUAGGGAAACAUGACACAUUAAAAUCGAGACUUUAAGAGGCCCGCGCCUGAGAUUCAUGACGUCAUGAAGUGAGUCGGUACUGCCGCCGCUUGGCUCUCUACGCUCCCCUUAUUAUUUCUUUCGUCUAUACAUCUUAACUUUAUCCUUCCACCUAUUAUUAUAGAUUAUUGUUUCCAGUUAAGUAAAAGUUCUAGGUACAAAAGUCUCAAGUAAAAAAAAUAUGGAUGAUAAGGAAAAAAAGAAAAGAUAGAAAAAUCAAACGCCCCAUCCUGAUAUCAGCAUUUUUUCAGUAUAAAGCAUCCUUGAUAUCAACAACAUUAAGUAUUUCAGAUCUGAUUAUCUUGAGUGUUUCUUACUGUAAUAAUAACGUUAUCUCUACAGCAACAACUCAAAUUGCUCAUAAUGACGUAAAUAUACAAUGAAAUUGGUAAAGUGUGAGUAUCUCUACGAUGCUUUUUAUCGUGUUAAUAUGAUAUUAAUAAUUAAUGUAUGUGGGGUGUGAGGGGGGGCAUGUUGAAGUGAUUGAUUUAAAUUAGUACGCCUUUCCUUGUUUUCUCUAAAUCCCAGUUUCUACAUCCCCUAGUUUGGCACCAAGCAGCGUCACGCAUAAGCCACACCUCUGCCGUGUCUCCUCCCACAAAGCUACGUAUGACUUGGUAUAAGUGACUUUGAGUCCAAUACUGUAGUCCGUGCCACAUGCCCUGCCCUGGCACAAUAUUGUAGCCUAUGUCAUAUAAAAUAUAACAAGACGAAUUUUUUCCUAAAAAAUGGAGAAUCUUUAAAUGAAAAAAUAAAGAUAUAUUUACUAAUUAAUUAAUAAAAGCUAACUAAUAAAAGUUACACUUUUAGAACAGUAGGAUUUGGACUUUUCCUCUCAGAAAAUAAAAUGCAGAAUUUUCAAAUGAAAAAUUCAAGACAUUUUCUGAUUAAUGUUGUGCUACCUAAGUAAUAAAAGUUAUUCUUUUAAAACAUAAUAUUUGAGCUUUUCCUCUCAAAAAGUAAAAUGCAGAAUGUUCAAAUGGAAAAAUCAAGAUAUAUUUUCUGUUUAAUGUUAGGCUGCUUUAGUAAAUGUUCCACUUCUAAAGCAUAACAAGCUUUGGAGUUUUCCUCUCAACUAGUAAGCUAGUAAACAGACAUUCGUAAUGGGAAAGAUCAAAAUAUUUUUGCUGUUUUAUGUUUGCAUUCCUUCACUGAGAGAAGCUAAAUUUGCCAUUGCAUGUAAACAAUCCUAAACUUAUAUAUAAGCCCCCCCCCCCCCCUCUUUUUUUUUUUUUUUUUUUAUUUUUUUUUUACGUCUUGGCCUAUUGCGCCGGUAGGCUUCUUCCCGGUGGAUCCUGAUAGUCGAUCCAAGUCUUCUUCCCGGCGGGUCCUGAUGGUCGGCCCAGCCCAUUCUGGCGCAGGCGAGUGUUUAUAGUGUCGCCAUCCUGCAUUGGCUCAUGCUGCCCUCCCGGAGCUCAUCUUUAAUCCUAGAAUCUAGAGUCCGGGUUGAUAGGUGGUCUUCUGGACAGCAUGUGGGUAGUUUUAAGCCACUCGGCGGCUGCUGAAAUAAUCCCACCUUGGUGGCACCGGUCGGGGAUUGAAUUCGCGUUCUCCUGAACGCGGGGCCGUCUCGUUAUCCGUUCAGCCACCGCCUACCAUAGGGAGCGUUUUUAGGUUAAAUAUAUAUUUGCGAUAGAUCCCGAACGUACACUACAGUUAGUCGAGAAAAUACACUUGCAGGAAUCCAUCACCAGGAACUUCAUGUUAUUUAAUUAUAUUUUCCCCUGCUGGAGCCUGGGGUCCAGCUACAACACUCAGAAGGACCGGAUUCGGACGGCGUGCCGCCAGUUGAGUAGCCCUUCUAUAGCCCGUGACACUUGCUCUGCCCUGCCCUAACACUAUAGUCCAUGGCACAUGCCCUGUCCUGCCCCAAUACUGUAGCCUCGUAACACAUGUCCUGUUCUAACUUUUGUGCCUUCGACUGUCCUGAAUAUAUAAUUAAUGGAUCA